AUGCCAGUGCUGUUCGGCUCCAGCGCGCCGCGGCCGCGGUACACGGUGGUGGGGGAGACGCUGCGUUACGUCAUCCCCAGCCACAUGCAGUGCUCCAUCGCCUGCGGGGGGCGCUGCUGCAAGUACGAGGACCCCGUCCGCUGGAGCGACGACUCGCAGGCCAUCCGAGGACUCUACUCCUCCUGGAUCACAGACGACUUGCUGGCCAUGGCAAGACCUUCCACAGAAGUUAUUGAAAAAUAUAACAUCAUUGAGCAAUUUCAAAGGUGCGGCCUGAGGUCCAUCAUUAACCUGCAGCACCCGGGAGAACACGCCAGCUGUGGGAAUGACCUGGAGCCGGACAGCGGCUUCACCUACCGGCCCGAGGCCUUCAUGGAGGCAGGCAUCUACUUUUACAAUUUUGGAUGGAAAGACUAUGGGGUGGCUUCCCUCACUACGAUCCUGGACAUGGUGAAGGUGAUGUCGUUUGCAGUCCAGGAGGGCAAAAUGGCUGUUCACUGUCAUGCUGGUCUGGGAAGGACAGGGGUGCUGCUGGCCUGCUACUUAUUGUUUACAACGAAGAUGACUGCUGACCAGGCCAUCCUGUUUGUGCGAGGGAAGAGGCCGAACUCCAUCCAGACGCGGGGCCAGCUGUCAUGCGUGCGGGAGUUCGCCCGCUUCCUGGUGCCUCUGCGGAGCGUCUUCUCCUGCGCCGAGCCCCAGAGCGGCGCGGUCACGCUGGCGCAGUACCUGACCCGGCAGCACCACCUGCUGCACGGGUACGAGGCCCGGCGGAUGAAGCACAUGCCCCGCCUCGUGAUGGUGGUGUGCAGGCUGCUGCUGGACAUCGCCGCCAACCGACAGGUGCUGCAAGAGGACAUCCUGGACGUGCCUGACCAGCCGCCCGAGGAGAAGCCCGCCCCCCGGCAGCUGACACGCAAGCUGAGCCGGGAGGGGAUGGGGCGGGGUGAGGGCACGUCCCUGCCGCGCCUGCCCGGCCCCGCCACUGUGCCCCUGCGCCCCGCCGAGCCCCAGCUCUUCUACGUGCGGCGGAGUCUGAGCUACAGCGAGUCGGACCUGAGCCGGCUGGGGAGCGUGCUGCACCUCUCUGGGGCGCCCUCCACCCCGUGCAGGCAGUGCAUGUCCCAGGGCAGCCUGACGGAGGACGGGCGGGGCUGGGGGGAGGAGUCGGUGUACAGCUCCGUCAGCUCCGUGUGGGAGCAUGCCCAGCCGGUGCUCUCCGACAGGUCGCCCCUCUACCACAGGAGGAAGCUGCUGAGGGACAUGCAGCGCAGCCAAUCGCUGGGCUGCUCUGGCUCCGGCGGGAGGGACGAGCCCGUCGUCACUGCGUCGUCGUGGAGACUGAGGCAGGAGAGGGGGCGGGGCAAGGCCGGCGCGGGGGUGAUGCCUCGGUGCGGAGAGGGGGAUCAGGGGAAAGAGGAGGAGGAGGAACAGACCUCCAAGGUGCCUUUCAUCACGAUCCAGUCAGAGCUGACUCCGGAAGCCCGCCGCCUGCUGGUGGCCCAGGCCCUCGCUGUAGACCUGCAGAAGGAUGGGGAGGAGGAGCACAAGCAGAGAGUCUGCAGCUGGCAGAGAGAGCUGAACUCUGGAGAGGGGGGCUGGGAGGGGGUGUGCUCGGAACGGGACCCCUUCGUCCUCUCUGGCCUCAUGUGGUCCUGGCUGGAGCAGCUGAAGGAGCCCAUCUUCAGCAGGGGGGACGUCCGAGCCCUGGGGGACCACGCCCCCCACAAGGCCCUGCAGACACUGGACAAGGGCCGCCUGCAGACCCUCACCUGUAUCCUCGACUGUGCAGCCCACGUGAUGACCACGGCGGACGAGGUGGAGGCCGCCUUCCUGGACCGGACCAUCAAAGCUCUGACUAAGAUGAGCGCAGAGUCAGAGGAGGGGAAGACUGUGUACCAGACCAUGAGGGCGAUUCUGAAGGCAGCGCUCCAGGACAUGAGGCAGAAGCUUCUACAGGAGCCAGACACCCCGAAUGUGGGAAUACCAAUCCCCUGACCAGCUGACGGCAGGACUGGGUUAGUGUGAAACACC